CGUUUUUUUCAGUCCGUGUCGUGCGAUUUGAUGUAACGUUCUUCAGUUUGUGUGAUGUUUAUGUGUUUACUAAUUUUCUCGUAGUUCCCUUGUGCUCAGAACAAUAGCACAGGCCUCGUUUGAAGAUUAUUAUCACUGCUAUUUAAAGACAACACUGCAAUAAAAGCUGAACAACACUUUUUAUGCGGCUCGUGUUUGUUCCUCCUUUCCCGGCAUGCACUUUGUGGCUACGUGCGCGCCACGUGACCCAGCGUCUGUCAACAUGAGUGGGCACUGCUGGGCAGGGGAAGCAGCUGGAUAAGAGACGGGAGCUGUGACCUGCAGUUAUUCACAUUUAUUUUUCUGUACUUUUUAAACAGACAAGCUGGUAUUGUGCGCGACUGUCACGAGAUGCCGUGUUGCAUUGCCGUUUUAAACUGUGUACACGGCUCAGUUGGGACCACGCUAUACGUCGUUGCAACUUCCAGCGCCGACGGCUUCACUUGUCCAGUGACAAAGAAGCUAUGGAUGCCUGAAGCAGGAGAAUGAGUGCGAGCUUUCAAUGGAGAGGAUGUCACCAUCUUUCACCGAAGACUGUCCUGCUUAGCGUAUCGAUUAGCUGACCGGCAACUUCGCAACAGAACUGGGUCCGAGCGGCUGCUGCUGCUUUUCUUCACUUUAUUAAUUAGUCACGUCCAGAUCUUCUGUCCCAUGGCUGCAGCAAGCGGGGUCAACAUGCUGUCCCAGCACGGAGAGGUGGCACUGGCUGGUCCAGGAGGAGCAGGGAUGCCCGCGGUGUCUCUUACCAAUACAUCGGUGUCUUCUACACCGACACCAGAUCCCAAUAACCGGGGGUGCGAGAACGGCGCCUUGAUGGACUCCUUUGGGAUCUUCCUGCAAGGUCUUCUCGCUGUGAUGGCUUUCAGCACGCUCAUGUUGAAGCGCUUCAGGGAGCCCAAACAUGAGAGGAGACCCUGGAAGAUCUGGUUUCUGGACACCUCAAAACAGGCAAUUGGGAUGCUCUUCAUCCACUUUGCUAAUGUCUAUUUGUCGGACCUCACAGAGGAGGAUCCCUGCUCAUUAUACCUCAUUAAUUUCUUGUUAGAUGCUUCUCUGGGCAUGUUGCUGAUCUAUGCAGGGGUAAGAGCCGUCAGUGCUAUUGUAGAAUGGAGGCAAUGGGACUCCCUGCGUUUUGGAGAAUACGGAGAGCCAGUGCAGUGCACAGCGUGGCUGGGGCAGUGUAUCCUCUACAUUCUCAUCAUGAUGUUUGAGAAAGUCCUUAUCAUGUUGGUCCUCCUCAUCCCCCAGUGGAAGCAGCUGGCACUCCUCAAGCCUAUACACAAUCCUGCCCUGGAACUGGCCAUCGUUAUGCUCAUCGUUCCGUUCUUCGUAAAUGCCCUAAUGUUCUGGGUAGUAGAUAAUUUCUUAAUGAAGAAGCAUAGGACAAAAGCAAAGCUUGAAGAGAGGGAAGAGGACUCACGGGGGAACGGCAAGGUGCGAUACAGAAGAGCUCUUUCCCAUGAUGACUCGGAGUCAGAGAUCCUUUUCUCUGCAGAUGACGAAAUGGAUGAGUCUGAUGAAGACGAUGUCCGUCGACUCACUGGUGUGAAGAUGGUGAAAAAGAAGAAGCUUCGCAUGGGGAUCCCUGUCUGACCUGCGUGCCUAGCUUUACUGUUAGGAUCAAAAAGUCUGCGUACAUUUCCCCGUUCCCCUACAGAUUGUGUGAUAUUGCCUUCAAUCAGUGACCUUCAAUUACAAAAUAAUACACUGUAUCUGAAGCUCCUUUACCAUUGGCUCCUGGAGGACAGCUAUAUGAACUUUUUUUUUAGCAGUCGACCAUUUUUCUUUCCUUUGUUUUUUUUUUAUUUUUUUAUCAUUGUUUAUUUUAAACAUGGCUCUCAUGAUGUGAGUGUUGUGUUUCAGGACACUGGGAAAAACAAUGAGUGAAGUUACUGUUAAAUCCUUAAUGUAAUAGGAAAACUGAACUGGCUCCAGCAGAGCCAAAUAUGAUGUACUGGGUUACAUUUGAUAUCCUUCCGAAGUGCACCCUCCUCCCCCCAAAACAAACAAACAAAAAUGAGCAAACAAAAAAAAAAAAAGAUGUAUUCCUUGUGUUCAUUCCACGUUAACAUCUGUCCUGUUGUCGUCACAUGUAGAUGCCCCACCAUGGCCUGUGUUAUACGUGUGUCUGUGACGGUGUGUACAAUUGCACACCCUUUAACUUUAACAGGAGCAUUAUGUCAGGUUUUGAAUCACUGUAUUGACUCUACCGUAUAUCUUGUACGUGAUGUUACAUUAGUCGAAUGGAGCACAUUAAUCCUUGCAGCAAUCUUCCAUUUCUUUUAACAAAGACAUCUGAAGUCUCUUUUGAACUGUUGAACCUGUAAGACUGCAAGCGCUGCACUGCAGCAUCCUUCUAAUGUCAGCUCAGCCACUGUUUUUUCUGUAAGCAAACGACUGCAACAUGUCUGACUCUUUUACUGAUGUGCUCUGACUGUAUGUUUUAGUCCUUGAAUGUACUUUUUUUUUUUUUUUUUUUUUAAGUUUUGAGUGUUUUACUUUCGGGCCAAAAAAGGUGAGUAUGCUCAUCCCAAAAGUGUUUUUUCAGUAAAUAUGGGAACAGGUUCUUGCACAAUUUCCCAUUUUUCUCAGCUUUUGCCUUUCCCCGUUCUAAUGUGUGGGGUUUUUUUGUUUUGUUUUUUUCCUUUGUUAUUGUUGUGUUUUUGUUUUGUAGUUCCAACAAUGUGCCUGAGUUAAAUUACCAGCAAUCUUUUUAUUUUUGGUUUUGGUUCGGUUUUGUUUUCUUUGACUGUUUUAAGCAGAGCUCGAGAUCUCCAGAGGGGUAUACUACGAAGACAGUUUUAACACAGCCAGGCUUUCUUUGUGUUAGUAUCAUCUUAUUAGUACAUGCACAUUCCAGUAAAAAUGUGGAACUUCAUUCAGUGGUUUAUUAAGAUACAGCUUAACAACUUGCACAAAUGAAAUACAUUCCCCUAGCAUAGCAUCUACAUUGCGCUUAACACAUGCUGUAAGUGAAAAUGUGAGACUUCUGCUAAUUUUUAAACUGAAACUCAGAACAUAACCUGCUCCUGUCCAGUAAUGGAGUCACAUUAGUGACACAAAACUCUGAGUUUAUGCUCAACAUAGUUUUCUAAACCACUAAUCUCACUUUGCAGUACACCCCUCAGGCAUGAAGCACCAUCCAGCAGGCUCUAAUCUUAAGAAUGUGACGUACAUAGACCUCUAAACUGUAAACAGUAAGUGCAGACCAGGCAGCUGAGAGAAAGGGUGUGCUUGUGUGUGUGAUUUAACACACACACACUAGUGUGUGUAUAUAAACUGGCAUGUCCUGAAUAUAUGUGUGACUGCUGGUCCUGUUUAAAGUAAAAGGCGUGACUUAAACUACAAUGAUUACGGUGCUGCUGAUGAUUUCAUUCUGAUGUUUUUGGCAUGUUGGUAAAGAAGGAAAGACUGUGUGUUUUUAAAAAGGGGAAAGUACGGGACAGUGCAGAAGUCAUGGUAACUGUCAGCUGAACUAGGACAAAGAGGGCUUUAGUAUUUUGCAGAGCUUAAUCUACUUCAUGAACAACAUCUGAUGGAAAUAAGUUAUCAUAUAAAUGCUUUCCAAAUAAACGGUAUGAUACAGAA